AGGGAAGGGGCUGAUGGUUUCUCCGCCAGCAACAGUGAUGCCAAGGCACAGAGCCCGGUCACCCACCACGGAGAGCCUUUCAAAACACGUCCCUCCCUCCCCGUGGGAGGUGUCGCUGUGCUGAGGGUGUCCCAGCUGUGCAGAGCAGCCCCUUGUCCUGGGCAACAGACAAAGAGUGGGUACACAGGCGCCCGCCCAGCCCCGGCGCUUUGGCAGGGCAGAGAAGCGAGCCAUUGUCCCCGCGCGCGGCCAGCCCCGGCACCAGCCGCUGCCAAGGACGGACCGGUGGAGGCUGCCUGGUGGGACACAGCAGAGCCGAGCGGCUGCACCAUGGCUGGGCUGCCAGGGCCAGCGGCAGCCCUGGUCCUGCUCUGCCUGGCCGUGGGGCUGGAGGCCAGCCCGGAGCUCUCUGGGUACCUGCGCAAGGUGCUGCGGAACCAUACCGCCCACACCUGUGACGGGGAGCAGCUUCUCAUCGUCUGCCCUCGCAAGACCACCAUCAGCAUCCUCGGCGCCUUCUACGGGCGUCGCGUACCCAGCCCCAACCUCUGUCCCAGCCCUGGCAAUGCUUCCCAGGAGAGCAUCGAGUGCAUGUCUGCCACCGCACACCUGAAGCUGCUGGCCGAGUGCCAGGACCAGCAGUGGUGCCAGUUCUUGGUGCACAGCCAAGUCUUUGGGCCAGACCCGUGCCCUGGGACACACAAGUACCUCAUCACUUCCUACAAGUGCCGGCCAGGGAACCAUCGGGUCAAGACUGUGUGUGAGAACAACAAGCUGAGGCUACAGUGCCGACCAAAAUCCGUCCUGGCCAUUUAUUCUGCAAAUUACGGACGAUUCCUGCGGGGCAAACCAGAGUGUGAAGCCCUGAACCCUGAGGGACCUCAUAUAGAGUGCUUGGCUCCAGAUGCCCUGCGGAGGGUCUCCAAGAAGUGCCACCGCAAGGGGAACUGCACCGUGGCUGCUGACCAGGCCACCUUUGGGGACCCAUGCCUGCCCGGCAUGAAGAAACAGCUACGAGUGUCCUACACCUGCGUGCCCAAGCAGCUGCUGGAAGAGGUGGGCCCUGACACCUCAGACCCCUUCCUGCUCUCGGACUAUAUGCACGGUGGCUGGUACAAAGGGCCCAGGUUCUCCAGGCUCCGGGAAGACCGGAUGAUUUUUACUAGCACUCUGGCAGCUUUUGCCCACCUUUGGGGAGUCCCAGAGAAAGUUGGCCUCUACUUUCUUUGUGGGGUCUCAGGAGGCCUCAUGCUCCUGCUGUGCAUCAUCAGCCCCAAAACGACGUUCCUCCAGGAGCUGGGAGAGGCUCUCAAGGACCCGGAGCUGGGGAGCAGCUCUGAGCUGAGCAGGACCAAGCUGCGCGAGGAGCAGGACGAAGAGCUUCCCGACGACAGCUCCUCAGACUCCUCCUUCCGCCGCCUCACCCGCACCUACCGGGCCACCGACAGCAUCUUCAGCCCCGAGCUGACGGCGGCCAUGGAGGGGGCGGUGGAGCACCAGGGCCGCGGGGGGGAGGAGAUCUGGAUGCCCAAAGAGUCGAGCCCAUAUGCCAUCCACAAGAUCAAAUCGGCCACCAAAUAAGAACUGGAACAAAACGGCUGGAAGAGUGCCAGAGAUUAAGUGGGAUAUGACACAAGACACAAGAGUUUGGGCUCCUCGGGGUGAGUGGGCAUCCCGAGUGGCAGCAGGAACAGGGACAGAGCAGCCUCAGUGUGGCCACCAACCCACUGCUCCACCAGUCUGGAAACCUCUAACCCAGGGGUAAGAUGUGGUCCUUGGGUGUGAUGAGGGGCUGCAGGGUGGGUUGUGGGGCCACUGGGUCCUUUAUCACAAACACGCCGCUAACCCCGAGCUAACUUCCCCAUGAUCGGCUGGCUCCAGUACUUAACCCUGACCAGCCAUGCCGAGCGCACCCUUGGCCUUGCCGGGCUCUUUGCUCCUGUUUCUUCUUGGGUGCUGGCUUCCACCCCUGGUGCUGCAAACACCCCCCAGUGCUCAGACCGCAUGCAGAUGGCAGGUGCAGAAAUGGCCAGGACAUGGGGACAAUGUGGAGUGGGUGGGAGAGCGCUGCGCGCAUCCCCCAGCACAGCCCUGGUAUCCCCCAUGGGGCUGUGGGCAUUUGGGAGCUCUGUCACCUCGCUUUGCUCUGUGCUUUCCUUCUUGUUUUCCCCACGGCAGGAGAGCUCCAGGCUCACUUGCUGGGGCUUUUUCCAGUAAAUAAAUGCAGCAGCUCAUAGA